AUGUGCUUCUGGAUAUUCAUUGCCGUGGUGUAUCUUGGCAUUGUCGAUGCACAAUCAGAUGCAGAUGCAGUAGACGACUGGCUGGACGGGUACAUUGUUGAACUCAUCCUGUCCAUGGAAAACAUCUUCCUGUAUGAGAUGAUCCUUGUCUCGUUCCGGGUGCCUCCGAGAUGUGCCAGGAAGAUUCUUUUUGUCACAUCCUUCUUCCAGAUGUUCUUUCAGAUGUGGCUCUUCAUGUUCGUGGCGAGCUACUUGCAAGACAUCAAAAGCCUGCCAUACCUCCUGGGCGCCUGGCUGAUUUACAUCGGCGUGGCAAGCCUCCGUGAGGAUGACCAUGGCGGCUUCGAGCCGGAGAACUCUGACCUUUUCAAGGCGCUGCGAACGGGUCUGGGUAGCAGGCUCUUGCCGCAGUACCCCUCUGAUGGGAGCAUGGUGCGCAUUGUGGAUGGCAAGCUGUGCAUGACCAUGGUCCUACCGGUGACGGUCUGUAUUAUAUUCAUCAUGUUAGUCAUGGAGGUGGACGUCACGCUUGCCAAGAUUGAAACUAUUAAUUCGCACUUCAUUGCUUGGACAUCUUCAGUCCUUGUGGCAUUUGCGCUGCCAGACCUUUACGUGAUAGUGAGCGAGCUCUUUCGGCAGUUCUACUUGAUGCGUACAGGCAUCAGCGCUCUGCUCCUCUUCUUCGGGGGCUUGCUCCUUGUAAGAGAGGAGGUGCAGGUGUCGGACACCACUGAAAUAUCAGUUAUGCUGACGAUCGUUUUUGGCUCCAUUAUUCUGUCGACAAUGAUGCACAUGGGUCCCAAAACGGGUGCCGCAUAUGAUGAGUCCGAGGAGGAGGAGGAGUCGCCUGUGAAAGCCCGAGAGAUUACCACAAAUGCGGAGGCGACAUUGUACUCGCUCUAUUGA